AUGGGUAAAAGUUUACAAGCUCCCUUUUUGGAUGUUAACCAGCGUAUAAUAAAAAGAAAUAAAAAAGAUACUUGCAAAAGAAAAUCUUCUAUUGAUAUACGAGAACCUUUACAUAAAAUUCAGAAAUUGCAUAAGGCACAUAAAAAGCGAGGAUACUUCAGUGCACAUAAAGAAGUUUGCAAUGAAACUGUGUAUACAGAUAGGUUAUUAGGUACAAAUCAUGUUGUAUUAAAAACAAUAGAGCAGAUGUCCUACGAUUUAUUUUUGGGAGAUGAACUUAAGAAUAAUUAUUCAGCUUUUACUUUUAAAGAUUUUUAUUUCCACAUACUUGACGAAAUUGCAUUGGAAGGGUUAGAUGGAAUUACAAUAGAAGCAUUUUGGAAGAGAUUGGAAAUAGCUUUAGAUGGUCCUUUUCGUAUUGAUAAGAAUAUUGAAAACUUUAUAUGGCAGCAAAUUAUUCAAAAAACAAACUCUUUGGAGUUUUUUGAGUUGCCAGAAGCAAGGAACGAAUUGGAGAUAUACAAUCCAUUUGAUUUUAUGCACACAGAUAUUGGUGUAGUCAUGGAAGUGGCCUAUGAAUUACCUGAUAUUUAUCCAGUAGCACCUGUAAAUUCGCUAUUAACAUUAGGUUCUUGUUCUACAUUUAAUGAGAGAGAAAAUAUCAGUGAUGUUGUUAAGGAUUUGAGUUUAGAUGAAGUCCAAGAAAAAUAUGGCCGGAAGUUGGUGAUUGUAGCUGAUCAAAAACAUAGGAUUAAAGCCCUUUGUGGGGAUCUAAUCGAUCCAUGUAUAGAUUUCUUAAAUGCAGAAUAUUGCAUUUUAGAAAGAAUAGGUAGAUCUAGAAGACUAGGAGAACUUACUCAAGGAAACGUUUCCAUAUCUUGUGCCUUUAAAAUGGACCCGAAAACUCUAUAUCACUACAAGAAACAACUCUAUUGUUCCGAUCUUAUUUCAAAACAAUUUUUCGUUAUUAAAUCUGCAGUUUUAGAUCAGAAUAAAUCCGGAAGUUUAUUACACUUGCGUAGAUUUCAUAGCAGCGUAAGAUCACGACUGAAUUGCGUUGCUAAUCAAAUUGUAAAUGUAUUAAAAAAUCAACCUGGUUAUAAAAUCACAAACAAAAAAUUAAGCGCAAUAUUCGCCGAUAAUUUACAACCAGUGAGAAAAUUACUUAAAACCCCAGAAUUUAAGAAGUUUGUCAAACUAAAGGUAUACCCCUACCGAUCAUUUUAUCCAAAUGCACAUUCUUCAGAAUAUUUAAAGAAGAACAACGGACAAGAAAAGACUAUAAAUGUAUAUGAAUUGGUAGAUCCUUAUAUAAAUGUUGCAGCUUGCUGGAAAAUGGAUGACCGCGAAGAUUCUGACGCAGAAGAUGAAUCAGAGGAAGAACUUUCUGGUAGCAAAAUAUAUAAUGCGGAUAUGCUGCGUGACAUCUAUUACCGAAUCCAUUCGUCAGGAGAAAAAGGAUGUUCAUCACUCGAAAUCAGAAAGCUUGUAGGAAUAGACAAGAAUACAACGCGAAUGACGUUAAAAAAACUGGUGCAGAGAAAAGUCAUCGAUUUUAGUAAGUUAGACGAAGGAAAGCAGAGAAAAUUUGUGUACAAAGCAAUGUCACUAAAGCCUGAGCCUUCCGCGUCAGAUAACUCUGUUAGUGUGAGGGAUACGGUGAAGGUAUCAUCCAUAAAAGCUAAAAUGAUAGAAAGACAAAAAGCAGCGCUAGCUAAACAAAAGCAAGAAAAGUUAAAUGAACCACAAAAGAAUACACAAAAAGUCACAAUAGUUACAAACAAUUUUUUGCGGGUUGAAAAGCCACAAUAUAUUGAUUGCAGAUUUUUAAUUAAUAGAGAAAUUGAUCUUACUGAACCCAGCAGUAAAAUUCCUUUAUUGAAUAUAGAAUUAAUUAAGACAUAUUCCAUAAAUUUAACUUAUAUAUCCCUAAAUUAUAAUUAUUUAUUCAAUAUUAACGACAUUUUGAAAGAUAUAGUUUCCUGCGUAAGAUCUACAGAAGUUAAAACUAAUUUUACAGACUUUUAUGUUAAAAAAUAUGAUUUUGAUGUCAAUAUUAAGCGUCUCCUAUUAAGGGCAGCUCUGGGAGAGAAAGGAGUGAUACAGCAAUUGUCGAAUAGUAAACCAGACGAGGAAAGGACAACUUUUCCAGAGUUAGUUCAAAGCAAAAGUAAUUCAAGGUCUUCAGAGAAGUUAAACUAUAUGGGACCGAAUCCAACUAUCGUUUUUCACGAGGAAGAUCGUGGAGUAAAGACGGAAUUUUUACUUUCCACUACUCCUUCGGAGUAUAACUUAGCAACAUCGUAUUCUGUUACUGAUAAUUCAUUUACAGAACGAGUUCUGCAACGCAUUAAUAUUAUUUUGAAUUUAGUUAACAAAAUGGGAAUAAUCAUAGACAUUUAUACGUUACAGAAAUUAAUGAUGGACGAAGAAGUAAAACUCGAGAUAAAAGGAAAAAUUGACAGAAAAUCACUUCUAAGAAUACUAAAACGGCUAGUGUCGGAAGGAUAUAUCAAAAUCUAUAAGGUAACACUAAACAAUAAUACAAUUACCAAAACCGUUAUUUUCGUCUGUCAUCCGACCAUCAAUUACGAUUGCGAUGAUAUCCAAACAGCUUGUCAACAAAUUAAGUGGAAAUACUUUUUGAGCGUCGCCAAGAAAAACGUGAGACCACAUGUUCCAACUCUUCAAAAAAAGAUCGAGGAAAAAUUAUCAUCUUCUCCUUUUUCGAAAUCGGACGUCAUGAAUAGUAUCAAUGAGAUGAAAAUACUAAAUAAGACUAUGAUAAAAGAAAUUAACAGGAAAUUUAACAUUCAGAUAGGAAGAGUGUAUGGAGCUAAACCAAAAUUUACGAGAAUGAGAAUUAUGCACGAAUUCCUGUUCUAUGUAAUAUACGAUUGUCACCCACCGUUAACGUACGAGAGACCUAUGGAAAAUGAUCAGAUCGAGACACUUUUCAAAAGUUACAGAAUAGCGAUAUCCGAAAAAGAUUUGGAGGAAUUACCGAAGAUAUAUCGCCACGAAAUUAGUUGGAAAAUGUUUAUACCGCCUCUUCCUAACCAUUUGGAAUGGCCCGCUGGUUGGGCUUUAAUGUGCGACAUAAUAUUGAGAUUUCCGGUUUGUGUUCUCUUAAAGAUUCACAAUUGUAGUUACGAAGAUACUGAUCUGUUAGAGACGCUUAAUCAUCCGAUAAAAAGAUUCUAUUUGGUAAAAGAUUUGUCAGAAAAAGUCCGGAAGACCAUUCUUUUUAAACGAAAAUAUCUGCAAAACAUUUAUGACACUAUCAAUCGUUUAGUAUUCUGUGGACUGGUUCAAUUUGGACCUCAGAAGUCAAAAGAAAAAGAUCAAAUGUUUAUUUAUAUGAACCGCAGAGCGUCCUUAUGGGACACAACUAACAGUGAACCCGGAUAUAAUGAAAUCGAGGAUAAGAGUUAUCCUACCAUUCCUUUUUAUUUUGGGUUAUCCUCGGAUAUUGAAGAUUAUUGGCAACAAUUAAGUAGAAUAAGUAUGAAUACGAAGUUGGGAACUAGAGAAGUUGGAAAACUUGUGACACUUAGUUAUAUUAAUACAAAGCCCCAACUUUUUGAAUGUAUUAAAUCCAGAUCACCCAAGGAGGCUUUAGACCAUGAUAAUGGAUCUAUACCUGGCGAUCAGAAGGGUGCAGCAGGUUUGGAUUCCGCCAUGUGGGCUCAUUUAGUAAGAAAUUGGUUUUAUACCAAAGGAACAACAGGAAAUUCUUUAUAUAGUGAUUUAAAACAUGAUUUAUUAAAAGACGUAUCAUCACAGUUUGUAUCUUUUAAGGACCUUCAUACCAAAAACGUUAAAUACUAUCUACCUCAAGUAACGAAAGAGAAAUCAACUCCAAGUAGAAGCGGGAAAAAAUUUGUACAGUUCAAAAGUAGCCGUAAAGCUACCAUAAAAAGAACGAUUCAAAAACGCAAAACAAAAGAUAAGAAAAGAGAAUACAAUGAUAGUAUUGACCGAAAAAUUCUAAAAAAAAUGCAAGGUGCGAAAGUAAAAUGGUCAAAGGCAGAAGACGACAUUUUGUAUUUGGCCAAGGUUAUAGAUAUAUUUUUAAACAGUGACAAGGUUUACAGGAAGCAAAUUGUACCUCUUACUGUUAUUCGGGAUAUUUUGCACAGGGUUUCUCCAGAAAGUAGAUAUAAAACUUCAAGAUCAAUUCAGCGUCGAUGGAACAAAAGAUCGCAUAGAGGAUUAUACAAAGUAUUGGAAGAAAACUGCAUGAAUUUAUUAAAAAUUAAGCCAAUUAAUAAUACAUUCGGACCAUUGAUUAACAAACUCGGUACAUACGAUCAAAAAACUAUGAAAAUUUUUAAACUGAGCGAAGACCAAAUUUCUGCCGCGUACGUAAUUUUGGCAUCCUAUAUCAUGAAUAAUCGAAAAAAAGUCCACGAUGUUUUACAAGGAAAUUUAAUAGCUGAAGAUUAUCUAUCCAAAGAAAAUUUACUUAGCACUGAAAACAGCUUAAUCGAUGCAAAAAAGAACGAGAAAAAAUAUGAAGACCCAAAGACACCAGAUGACAUAAGAAGGGAUGUUUUAAAAUCAGUUAUACACAGUUCGCUUUGUUCCAAAGAUGGAACAGUCAACCUAACACAUAGAGUUUUGAAAAUUUACCAAAACUAUACAGACUCCCUACUCAGAGAAGCCAUUCAAGAACUCAGAGAAAGCAACACCAUCAGUUGUAGGAAAUGGAAAGACCGGAAAACAAAAAUCUGGGAUACCCCAUUUGCGCUGUCUCAAUACUACGUUUUCUACCAGUACUGUACGUUUAGUAAAAAAACAGCACAAGAAGCUGGCACUACGUUGUUUUCUAUUAUUCGAGAUAAAGGAAAAAAUUUUAAUUUGGAUGAUCGAAUACCGAAAAAAAGGUACGGGCAGCUGUUGGGGGUGAACGAGUUAUUUUCUUUUAGUAAUACAAUAACAUUCUUAUUUUAUUUGCCACAUAAUACGGUUAUACUUAACCCAGAAAUUGAGAAUCACGACGAACUGGCCAAUGAAUUGGCGCUUAGAUAUCAAUUGAUAUUGAAGUCGCUACAGAAUUCCUUGAAUGAGAAUGAAAUUGAUUUAGAAGACGAUAACGAUACAUUUAGAUCUAAAUCAACUCAAGAACUAGAGGAAGAUAAUCAAGCCGAUGAUUCCAGCGAACAAAGACGGUGUGACCAAAUAGAUUCACAAGAUACUCAAUCUAACCUAGAUCUAACCAUUGACCCCGGAAAUAACGAAACCAUAGACCGUUUAAAGACUUGGAUCACCGAUCGUGUACAAACGGACAUUGAAAGGCGAAGUCCUAGUCCAGAGUUUAUGGACAAAGAGGUUUUCACUGAAUAUAGCGAUCCUUAUUCCGAUUUGGGUAAAACUACGAAUAAUACACAAGACAAAGUUGAGGUGAGAAAAACUAGCUACAGUGAACGAUCCUCGAAGCAAAUUCCUACGGUAGAAGAAAUUAAAGAAGGUAUGCUCAAACUUACCACUAACAACGAGGAAAGAACUAUUCCUUACAUAACGGAGCUUAGCCAUUUAUUAAAAGAAAACUUCAGCGAACUAAAAACAACUGCCGACCUCAGCAGAUUGAAAAAUCAUUUCAUCACCGAAUAUAUAAAAUUAAAUGAGAUUACUUUUAAUGAUGACGAUUUUGAAAAGCUAAAAAAUCAUAGCAUAAUUAAAGAGCUGGAAGGAUCGGAGAGAUACAGCCAACUUUGGAAUAAAAUAGAAAGUAAAAUAAUCGUCAGAGAUUUUUUAAGAAUGCCCAAAUUUGAACAGUUGAUAUUAAACGAUGGAGGAAACGAAUUUGAUAUUGCAUUGGCGUCCGAUAUUAUACAGUUUGCAUCAUCUAAAACAUUUUUUGGUGUAACGGGCGCCGAAUUAAAGGCAAAUUUCUUACAUCGUGAAGAAAACUGUUCCUUGAUAAACAUAAUCAAAAUUUUAAUCAAAGCUGGGAUACUGCUUCAAACAGGUACCUGUACUCUAAUAUUUGUACACUACUCGUAUCAGUACAUAUGGGUAGUUGAACAGAAUUUUUCCAGUGCCAGUUCUUCUCUUAAUACAGAAACAGCUGACCAAAGAAAAGCUCUAUCUAGUAUGAUAAUAAUGCCGUGGGUGAAGGUAAAUGGCACACUUAAUAGAGUGAUGUUAAAAACAUGGGCAUGCAAUGUAUUGUCUUACUGUCUGGAUUACCCUAAAGUGCCGUUUUCAAAAGUCUGCGAUAAAUUUCGUUAUAUAAAACCAGUUGAUUUAUAUUUUAUUGUGCAGAUUUUAGAAGAGAUUGGUUGUAUUGAAGUAUUCAUAUACGAAAUAGAAGAGGAAUAUAUAUUUUCAGAAUGGAGGAAAACUUCCGAAAGACCUGCUACAUUUCUAGAUAACAUAGAAGACUUGAUAAUUCAGCCCAACAAUGUUUCUAUGACGCGCCUUGGGUCGUUUUACAAUGAAGAAUGAACACAGAUGUAAAUAGUAUUUAUUUUAAUUGUUUUGUACAGUAUUUUUAUAAUAAAAAAUAAAACCUAAUAUUAAAUGAGAUUGUCAUUUUUAAUACUAAGUGGUACAAGAGUUUCCCAAUUGUUUAAAUAAAACAUAAAAAGUGAGGUUAUUUAAAAAGAGAUAUAAUUUCUCAACAGCUUACAAGUUUACUUCAUUCAGACACAUUUGUAAACAAUAACAAAGAG